CAGGCAGCAACCGGCGCGUACCCGCCUACCAAUCGGCAUGCUCGGCUCAAGCUGUGCGCCGUGUGCCGCCAUGAGCAGCAACCCUCCGCCGCGCCACGCUUCUCGCCAGUGAUGGCCAGUGCUGAGCAGCACGUCCCCUAAGGCACCACACCCACCUUUGCCCUCACCUCAGCCAACAUGUACAGCGUGGAGGACCUGCUCAUCUCGCACGGAUACAAGCUGCCCAGGAGCGGCCCCCCGUCGGCCGCACCCUACGACAAGCGGCCGGGUGACUGCCAGCAGGAGCUGAUGGACAACCGGGCGGCAGGCCGGGGGGCGCUCAACGGCUACGAGGCGGAGCGCGGGGCCUCGGUGGCCGGCGGGAUGUACGGCGGCAGGCAGGUGCCGCUGAAGGGUUACCCCGGUGUGGACAGCGAGGGCGGCAACAGGAGGAGGAAGGAGGUCUGCGUCGGUAUCCUAGGCGACGCUCAGCCCCUGGGCGAUUCUCUGGCUACUGAUAGCGGAUUCUACGAUGUCCCGAGUUUGACCUACUCAGAGCCACUAAGUCAUGAAGAGCGGGACAUUUCGUAUUGGCGAAGGCGAGGCCAAGACUUCAGCAUUCUCCUGGACUAUGCCGACGGCAGGGAGCUGAGGGCAUCUGCGGGUGCGUGGAGACCACAAGCCCUAAUAGCAGCAGAGGAACUCAGGGCAGAGAGGAAAGCGCAGCAGCUGUGGGAGGAAAUUUCUUGGCUGAGGGACCAAGACACCCCUGGUCAGCUGAGGGUGACAGGGGAGCGGAAGUGUCAGAGCCUUGGUACAGAGGAAUGGAGGCCCGCCGUGGGCCUGGGAAGGCAGUUGUCGGACGGUGAUGGGGAGAGGUGGACUCAGGACCAUUAUCGCCUGAGGACACCUGAGGGCUUUUUUAACUCUAGAUCAAAAGCAAAGUCUCAGUCUCUUCCUAGAGUUUUGUCGCCUGAUGGCACACACAGCAGAGAGCUUAUUCCCUUCAGACCAAGCAUACCCGACAGACAACCAAGGCUAAACAGCACUGUUUUCUCUGGGCCCUAUAGUAGGUAUAUAUAUAGUGGUGCUGUUGGCAGGGACCGGUGGGGCAGGAAUUCCGGCCCAAGCAGCCAUGUUGCACUUUUACCAAAGCCCAGGUUCAGCAGGCCUGUAAAGCCUCCGUCAUAUGAGAUUCACCAGCAGACGAGAGGUAGUGCAGAGAUGCUUGCUAUAGACCAGGGUCUUAAUCUAAGAGAAAGGCCUAUCUUUUAUUCAAGGGGUGGGGACUUGCGACACGACUAUUUUGCACAACAUUCUCUCACUGGUAUGGAGCCCCCUGGCUACAUCCCACCUCCUUCUUAUAAAAGAGCCCUGCCCCCAAGAAGUCUUUCAAUCAAUCGCAAUGAAAUGGUCAGCUUUAGGUGGAGAGCAGACUCUUUGCAGCCCAGCUCAGAUCCUGGAAGGUGGCUAACGAGGCAGACAGGAGAUUCAUGGCUGGAACAUUAUGGAGAUCGUGGGACGUCCUAUCGAAAGCAGGUACCUUCUGUACAUGAAGAGCAACCGAGUCAGGCUCGCCCACUACCCACAGAAGAAGCACGAGUUAAGCAAAUCUCAGGUGGGCCCAGCGGAAAUUCUCUAACUGACUCAGACAAGAUCCGCAACAUCAACAAAGAGAUUCCGUCUUCUAAGAAUUUAGGACAAUCUACACAUGAUAGUGCCUUUCCUCCCCAGCAGGGGCAGGCUCUGAACACUGUUCGAAAAACUGCAACGCUUACUGAAAAUGAAAGUAGUAAUCGAUGGUGCAAUAGGGGACUGAACAAAAAAAGUGAAAGUGUAGGUCCAGAACAAAGUCGUAGUCAAUUUUUUCCAUCAUCUAUUCUUGGUAAACCACCGCCUCCCCCGUGCAAACCGCCUGACGAGGCUGUUUCUGAAACUGUGGUAGAAGGGAAGAAAGUCGAACAGUCUGAACCACCUGAGAAGGACAAGUCCAAGAAUUUAAAAAAGAGACUUAGUGAAACCAUUUUUUGUUUGGUUUCUGUCCCUGUCACCCCUCAGCUCACUGGUACGAUCCGUGAUCAGAACAACAACAAUGAGAAGUCACCAGACCCAGCUGACAGUCCUAGCGAAAACAAAACUGGCCAUUUAACGAACCAAAGUCUCCAAAGCACAUCGUCAGCUGAGGCCGAGCUGCAAGCACUCACUGGUAGCAUAGCGAGUAGCAAAACCAGCAGCCGAGCAAGCAGUAAAAUGUUCAAGAAAUUACCCUGUAGACCUCCUAAAAUAAACCAUUACAAGGAGUUGAAAUUGUCAGGAUCCUGGCCUGCAAAUCAAUACCGCGACCAAGAGACACAAACUAGCCCAGAGGCUGAAAAACCUGCCCCUGAAAACAAGGAAGCACAAGAAGACCCGGUCCCUGCUGCUACUGAGGUCCCUGCUGAUGGUGGCAAUGUAGUGGGCACUGCCUUCAGUUUCCCAAUCAAGGGAGUGAAGAGCCUAAAACUUUCAAGCAACAGCGCCUUUUCCCUGACCACACCAUUCUCCAACCAGCUGAACAAGAGCACAGCUCAGUCGCCAGCAGUACCACCCUCAGGAAAUAUUGAGUCCAAACCAGAAGCAAGUGGUGGGCAGGAGGUUUUUGAAGUUCCUGAGUUCCUGUUGAAACCAAUAGUCAGUCAGCGACCAUGGGAUGCUGUCAAAGAGCUGGAGGCCAUUCAGAAAGAAGUCCAGGAUCAGCAACAGCCUGAGAGCAGCAAACAACCCAGUGUUGACAAGUGUAUUGAGGACCUCAACGAGGCCUAUAAAGACAUCUUGGAGCUAGGUGCUGCCAGCAAUAAAGUCCCCAAUGGUUCUGUUCAAAUCCCAGAUCGUAUCAAAAUCCGACUGACGUCCCAGCCUCUCAACAAACCCAGUAGCCUUAGGCGCAGCGCAGUGAGCUGGUCUGUUGAUCCAGACUACAGGGAAGUCAAGAGCGCCUUCUCCAGGCCUGCAACAAAGUCAGUUACGUUCAGUAAGCAGCUUAGGGAGGAGCUCCCUGUGCCACCUCGGGAGUCAGGCUUUAGAGAGUACAGGGUUGUUCCGCAUCUUUCGCGUAGACGUAGCAAUGACGGCAGGACUGUAAAACUGGACCUGCCAGAUGAACCCAUUGAGACGCCGCUUUGCGACUUCAGCCCAACAACACGCACAGCGGCAGCAGAGGUGCCAUGGGCAGACAGACAGCCCAUGCAGGAUGCCUCCACACUCACAAGUCCUCCCGACUAUGAGGACAUAUGUCAGACUUUGCGGCAACCUCAGAAUUCAGGGGAAGCCAACGACCAAGCUCCUCCGCAAGACCUGGAUUUAGAGGAAGAAUGUCCUAUUUGCAAAAGGGAGAUGGAGAACCAGUUGAGACAAGGACCACUGCCUCCACUCCAUGAGGAGAAUAGCUCGGAUAGCUCAGUUAAUCCAAACGGUAGUCCACCACAGCGUGCCGCAGUGGAAAGUCCUUCAGAGGUAACAGAGAGGAAUCAGAAACCCCUUAACUCAAGUUUAAACGUGACAGGGUCCGAAUUGAUAACAGGAGAGGGGAGCAAGAAGCAGGAUUCAUCAACACAAGACAAUUUAGACAGUGUUGAAAAAAUAGACAAUGCUUUGACAGCCAAUGCUGAUGAAUCCACAAUGUUAGUGACUGGUGGGCCGGCAAAGGAACAUACUUUUUCGGAGGAGGGACAAAAAGAAGCCAUUGAGGGUAAAACAUCAGAACGUAUCGAAGCUGAAGGUGAACAAGGACGUGAGGUUCAAUCCAACAUAAUGUCUGACGACAAGCAGGAGCCAGACAGGAAGCCAUUUGCUGUCCCAGAACACAGACUUGUUCUAUGGACCCAUCCAGGGCGAGACCACCCAGGGUUGCCAGAGUUUCCGCCUGAGAGACUACCACUUUCAGUCGUCCCAAACCUAGACCGCAGGCUGUCUCUGAGCUUGGAGGGGGAGAAGAAGAGCAAGCCUCCCCCUGAUCAAAUUGAAGCGUUGCAAAAUAAGCUAGCUAUUUCCCCAGGACGGGUGGCAGUGGAACGACUGGGCAGAAUGCGGGAGGUGGAUGUCAUGUAUCGCAUGAGGCGUCUCAGCAUCAGGAGUACUGACUCUGGGGAGGGGGAGGGGGAGGCCGAUGGAGACGGUGAGGACUCCUAUAAUGUCUUUGCCGGUUCUCAGAGUGGCGAAAAGAACAAGGAGGUCACCCAAACUCACGAGGACUCUGAUAAAACUGCACCGCAACAUGACAAGUCUUCUUUCAGAACGCUGUGACUCCGAUCCCCUACCCCCAACCCACCCCCCAGCGGAGACAGUGUAAAAAGACGGCGUCCAUUGUGUCCAUCUUGAGGUUUAGCGCUCCAACACUGUGAACUGGCUGCCUAACUAGAAUGCCUUCAUCUCAU